AUGAUUAACGAAGCUAAAUUCGAAUUGUUAAAAUAAAUUGAUUAUUGGACUCAAGAUCUACAAAAAUACGAAAAAUAACAUGCUAAAGAGAUUGAAUUGUUUUACUUAGAAAGAUUGGCAAUUACAAAUAUGAAUAUCUCAAAUAUGGAAUAGAUUAUUAGAAAAUACGAGCUAUUAAAGAUGGUCUAUUAGGAAAUAACUAAAAAUCAUUCAUAAAAAUAUUCAGAUGAUACCUUCAAUACCUUAUAUAAUAAAUAUUGCAAUGAAAAGAAAAGUAAGCAAUCAGCAACUUAAUCUUAAAAAAAAUCUGUUAAUAAUUGUAGCACAGUUUAAAAUAAGGGUAGGAGAUCAAAUUAAAAUAUUAAUAUCAAUACAACCAAAGAAUAAAAAAUAACUAAUUAAUAAUCAACAAUCGAACCAAACCAAAUUAUUGAUGAGUACAUUGAUGAGAUCGACUAUUAUGCAGAUAAAGUCACUCAUUUGUAACAUUAGAUUGAGUAGCAUUCCCAUGAAGAAUUAUUAAGUUAAUUACAGUAAUUGUAAUUAGAACAGGAGGGCUUACAAUCUGAUUAUAAUACAAUCAUAGAAGAGAACGAAAGAUUGAAAACAGAGAUCUAAGACAAUCAACAGAGAGUGAAUGAAUUGAGAGAAUUAUAAUUAUAAUUGAUUGAUGAAUUCAAAUAAUUUAAUUGA